CUUCCAUCUGUUUUAUAUUAAAAUUAGAAAUGAAAACUUUUUAUAUAAUAACAAUAUAAAUUUUUUUUUUAUGAUGAACAAUAUAUAAUUCAUAGGGCUUCAAAAUUGACUAUGAAUAAAGGGAAAGUGUCUGGAAAUCAGAUAAAUAUUUAUCCAUUCCAAAGUGAUUCUUCAAACAAAAAUGUUAAACGAGGAAUCCCUCUGCUCAGAAACAAUGAUCAUCAAACAACGCCAACAGUAAUAUCUAAGAUGAAUUUUCAAGAUUUAACUUUCCAACCAGCAAAUCAAGUUAUGCAAGCUAAUACCCAAGAAAUGUUAUCUCAAAAAAGAGAAAUGAAUGAUUAUAACAACGGUUCGUCAAAUAAGACAAACAAUAUGACUGCGGUGAUAAGCGACGAAUCAAAAAAUGAUUAUGGCCUUGAGGAUGAUUCCGAGGAAAGAUCAUCAAAAUUGCACAAUAUUUGGGCUCGAUUUGAAUCUGGUCAAAUCGAAAAGGUCGAAAUCAAGAAAAAGCAAUCGGCCGAAAUCAAGGAACUUAAAGCCGAUAUACGCAAAUUGAAAAUGUCCAAAUUACAUGAUGAUUCCUCGGUCGAUUCGGCAUCUCAAACUAAAUUAGAACAAAUCGAAAACGAAAAACUGUUGGAACUGGAGUUGAUCAAAAGAAACCGACAAGAAGAGCUAUCAAAUUUAAGGCAAAAAUUUAUUAAUUUAGAUAAUGUUGAAGAUAGAGCUAUGACACCCAAGACGAUCGACUUUGAUUUUGAAGUAGAGAAAACGGGGAAUAGUGAUUUGAAUCGAAAAGAUUUCAUCGAAAGUUUUAAGAAAAGGUUAGAAUGUGGUGCUAACAUACAAAAUGAUGACAAUAAAAAUGAGCUAAUAAAUAAUGAAUUUAGUCAAUUUAAAACAAAUACAAAUCUAAUCAAAGAAAGAAUAUUGAAUGCGGCACGUGAGAACCUUGAAUAUAAAUCAAAAUAUCCUAUAUUUAUUGGUGAGAAUCAAGAUGAUAAAGUAGAGUUUGUUUCAGAACCAAGAAUUGACAUUAGACCUGAUUUGGUCAGACAUACUGAUGAAAUGAGUCAAUUGGACUCCGAAAUGUCUAAAUUAAGACAAGACACGGCGGGGGCAACUACUCUCUUUAAAGAGCGAUUUGAGAAUUAUGUCAAAAAUGAAAAUACACCGACUCGCGAUAAGAAAGAGGGUGUUUUUAAUGAAAUAUUGGAAUUGAGAACCAAAAAUUUAAACAAUUUAAUGCCUGAUAUAGUUCAAGGAACCGCCUGUUCAAAUAACCAACAUCCAAUUAAGGAAGAGAUACCAUUUUGUGUUAACACCAAAGAUAAAAUAGCCAAAUUUAAGGCCCUAGAAAUGGGUAUAAAUGAACAAGAUAACAGUUCAGAACGUGCAAUAAGAGAAAUCACUCCUCCCAGAGAUUCCGAAAAGGUUGUAUACGAAAAUGAACCACAUAUUAUAAAAGAUCCAAAUUAUGUUAAAUCGUCCACCACAAAUGAUGAAAGUGUAAGCUUUCAAAUUAAAGAUAACGCUAGAAAUUUGGCUAGUUAUUUUGAAGCCAUCCCUCAAGAACCCCUCAUGUUGAUUAAAGAAAAUCCUUGUAUCAAAAGAUUUACAGAUCCUAAAAUUAAUAUCACAUCUGAUAUAAAAUCUGAAAUAUGCUAUUUAUGUAGUCGAAAAUUAUAUACAAUGGAAAAAAUGGAUUUUAAUAAAGGAUCCAUCCACAAAAAUUGCUUUAAAUGUAAAUUAUGUAAUACCCCAUUAAGACUUGAAAGUUAUGCAACUCAUGAUGAUGAUGUCUAUUGCUUGCCACAUUUUAAAAAGUUAUUUGCCAAUGAACCUGGUUUAACGCAGGCUAACAUUACGCCCAUCAAAAAAUAGUGUCUUCGCUUUGUUAUUUAUUAUCUUAUGAUCUUUAUUUUAAGGAUCAUUUUUAUUUAUUAAUCAAUAUAAUUUUUACUAAUGUUAUUUUUUAUAAAUACAUACAAACAUUUUUAUUUGAUAUGUUUUAAUUUUUUUUAUAAAAAUAUCCAAUUAGAUGUAAUAAAAGUAAAUACUAAUACAAA